AUGUUCACUCCUCUGGUUGCUCUGCGUUCUGUCCUCAUUGUUGCCUUUAUGGCAGUGGAAUGCGUUAAAGCUUUACCGCAGCCUUCUGAACCUCCCAGUGUCGAGCUGUUGGAGGCAAUUCCUAGCCCCGCAGAGCUGAUUCGCGCUGCCGAGACUGGAGAGUUCAAGGUGGUACCUGGUCCCGGUCUACCCUCUCUCGAAUCCCUCAAUUUUACCUCCCGCGAUCUCGUCGUUCGCCCACUCGAGCGUAUCGAGCGCUCCAAGGAAGCUCAAGAGGACAGGGAGAGGUCGAGCUCCUUCACAAAGCGGUACACCCCGACGUGUGACUGGCACCAAUAUCUCAUCAGCAUGCCCAACGCGUGGGCCUGCCACGAGUAUCUCCACUCUAUUGGUAGUGUGACCUGCGCGGUACCCUCCUCGGGAUCGAGGUUCUGCCAUACGGUCAGCGGGUACGCAGAUGUUGCAUGGUACGGGAGGGUGAACGGCGUGGCCUACACACAAUCUAGCUGCGCUAAUGUUGCGAAUGGUGGACGUUUCCGUCUCUACCGGUUCUCAAUGAAGGCGAGUAGUACCAUUGCGUAUGACAAGGGUGAUCUAUAUCUGACGGCUUCCCCUCGACGAAUAGGUACCAACGCGGCCUGGGGUAAUGAAAACCUCAUUGUUGAGGUGCGCAAGUUCUAG